AUGGCCGACGUCUACUCGAAGGGCAUGGUCAGCGCGCUGGAAGACCUCCGGCGGCGAAAGUUGUUCACCGACGCCGAGGUCGUAUGCAGCGACGAUGGCAGCCAGUUUCCGGUGCAUCUCGUGCUCCUGUACGCCGCCUGCCCGCUGUUUCGAGAGACGUCCCCGGAAGAAAACCAACCGGGCACGGCCUACACGAUCCAAGUCGCCGCCGUCACACCAGGGGUGGCGGCGGCCAUAGCGCCCGCGGACGAUUCCGCUGCGCCGACAGAGGCCGGCGAGGUGACCAACAUCACCGUGGCCGGUGUGCGCGGUGACGUCAUGGCCGCCCUGCUCGAGUACGUCUACACCAACAGGGUGACGCUGAACAGCGAGAACGUGCUCAGCAUGCUCCUGGUGGCGCAGCGGUUCAAGAUUGAAAGAAUUGUUCAAAAAUGUCACGAGUUCCUUUCCAAAGACAUCAGCGUAGCCAACUGCGUCCGCAUAUUGGAGUUCGCAAAGGAACACAAGCACCCCAGCCUCGUCGACAUGGCCCUAAAUUUUAUUUCCGGAAAUUUCGACGAGGUCGCUACGACCAACCAAGAUUUCGUCCGUAUCUCCUACGACGAUCUGAAGGCUCUGCUAAGCUCCGACGACCUCAACGUUGCCGACGAAGGCAAGGCGUUUUCAGCCGCUAUAAAGUGGACUUCAGCUGAUGUGCCGAACAGGCAUCGCUUCUUACCAAGUCUUCUAAGCGCCGUAAGAUUCGGGCUCUGCAAAGUGUCCUUCCUGCAAGAGGAAGUGUUCCCGCAUCCCAUGCUCGAUGACGUUGACUGCCGCGCCGUACUUGAGCCUGUCUACGGACUUCUGGACCAGCUGGAAAUCCACGAAGGUCCGAGGAUGAUCAACCUCACGCAUCCCAUGCUAAGGCCCAGGAUCCCAAGGGACAUUCUGUUCGUAAUCGGUGGCUGGAGUAAUGGCAGCGCGACAAGUCUCGUCGAGUCCUACGACUGCCGUGCCAACCGGUGGUUGACGUUCCUCAACGACAGGGACAUCAUGCCCCGGGCCUACCACGGACUCGUCGCGCUGGACAACCUCAUCUACAUGAUUGGAGGCUUCGACGGUUCCCAGUGCUUCAACUGCGUCCGUUGCUUCAACCCGCUCCUGCACCGCUGGACGGAGCGAGCGUGCAUGUACGUGGCCAGGUGCUACGUCAGCGUGGCGGUGCUGGACGGCAAAAUCUACGCGCUGGGCGGCUACGACGGCGAUCGGCGCACCAACACGGCCGAGCGAUACGAUCCAGCCACGAACACGUGGUCGCUCAUCGCCGACAUGAACGACCAGCGCUCGGACGCCUGUGCCACGGUGCUCGGAUCAAAGGUGUACAUCGUAGGCGGCUUCACCGGGCAGCAAGUGCUGAACACGGCCGAGUUCUACGACCCCAAGGCGAACGUGUGGACCUACAUCCGGGCCAUGAGCAUGCCUCGCAGCGGAGUCCGGGCCAUCAGCUACCAGGACACCGUCUACGUGCUCGGCGGCUUCAACGGAAACAACAGGCUUGCCACGGGUGAAAAGUACGACCUUCUGAGAGAUCGCUGGAUCGAGCUGCCCAAUAUGCACACGCCGAGGAGCAACUUCGCAGUCGCCGUUAUUGACGACCUGCUCUUCGCCAUUGGUGGAUUCAAUGGAACGACGACCGUGCCGUUCGUAGAAUGCUACGACUCCAAAACCAAUGGCUGGCGAAAAAUCACCGACAUGAACAUAAACAGGAGUGCCCUCGGAGCCUGUGUGGCUGUUAACCUUCCAAAUUCCAGGGAGUUCUCUGUUGUAGCCCGGUUCUCCCGCAAAUCGGACCGGCUGCUUGACAGCCUCCUGCCCACCUCGAUUCACAAGAGGAGACAGAUUUCCAUAGCUAGGCGGAGACGGCUCUGA